AUGGGCGACGGCCACGGCCCACGCGGCAGCACCAAUGGCCCGCCGCCGCUCCCAUGCGUCGGCGUUGUAGUGGUCCCCGGGGCGCGCACCGAACAGAUGGGGGAUCCGUCGAGCUACGCCGUCGCCGGCAAGCUCCUGGUCGCCGCGGCCGGGGCGCUCGCGGGCUUCCUCCUGGCCCUCGUCGCGCUGCACGCGUACAGCAGCGCCCGGCGCCGGCGCGCGCGCGACCGCCUCCGCCUCCGCCACGGCCUGCCGUCCAUCUCCGGCGGCGCCGUCCACGGCGGCGUGGCGGUGGCGCCUUCGCCGCGGGGGCUGGACCCCGCGGUGCUCCGCGCGCUCCCCGUGGCCGCCGCGGGCGACGGCGCCGGGGACUGCGCGGUGUGCCUCGCGGGGCUCGAGCGCGGGGAGGAGGCGCGAGCGCUGCCGCGGUGCGGCCACCGGUUCCACGUGGGGUGCAUCGACGCGUGGUUCCGCGGGAACUCCACGUGCCCGCUGUGCCGCGCGGACGUCGAGGCGCCGGACGACGACGCUGAGGCCGAGGUGCGCGUAGUCGUAGACGUGGAGACGGGGGACGCCGCGGCCAAGGGCGGUGCGCCGGUGAUGAAGAGGCUGUCGAGCGGCACGGAUCUUGACAAGACGAGGCGGGCCUUUGCUUCCACCCGAUCUGCUUCAUUCUGACGUGCAUGCUCGAGCCAAACAGUUUUGGGAUGUUUAUUCCAUCGGACCGUCAAUAUCCAUUUGCUGAUCAUACUCGGCUGUCUGGUCUC